AUGGUUGCCGACCUCUUCCAGUGCCCACCGCUGUCGCGCUGCGAGCGAGAUCGGCUCAUGGAGAAGGCGCACAUCGCAUGCAAGCUCACGGUGCGCAAUGCCUGCGCGUUCGCGGCACUCUACCCGCUCGAUAGCGAGCUCCAAAACGACCGCACCGGCCGCCGCGCCACGAUUCACAAGGGCGUCGACAUCGAUGGCGAUGUGCCCGAGGCCGCCAUGUGUGCGCGCACGCAGGUACGCGCGAGUCUCGAAGCCGUCGCCGACUUCUUCAACCUCGACACGCCUGCCAAGUGCGACGCGUACAGCCGCGUGACGGGCCACCUCGUGCAAAACACGCAGUCGCUCUAUACCCUCGUGGCCCGCGGCGAUGGCUUGCACUACAUUGGCGUCAACUGGAUGGUCGCCAAGACGCCGAUCGGGCUGAAGGCACGCGACUUUUGCUACCUCGAGGUCCAUGACGAGUUUACGUUUAUCGAUCGAGCGACACAGCGCGUCCGACGCGGCUGGGUCCGCUGCAUGCAUUCGAUUGCGCUCGCGUCGUGCCCGUCCUUGGAAAAGUCGCAUGGUUACGUGCGAUCCCGCUUUGUCCGCACGGCCCGGCCCGGCGAGCUCAAGUACUACAAUGUGCUCUGCGGCGUGACGCGGCGACCGGGCUUUACGCCCGUCCUCGCACAAGACUUUGUGCUGCGCCGCCACGUGAGCCAGAUUCUCAACCUCGAAGACCACUUUAUCACGCAGCGACUCAAAACGCUCCUAGAGACACCGACGGCGUCCUUCCCCAACAAGGACGCGAUCGAGUACUGCAGUGUGUGCUACCUCAAGUUCGCUUGGCUCUCACCCAAGCGCCAGUGCCGGGGCUGCGGCGACGUGCUGUGCACCCGCUGCUGCACCAAGUGGGACGUCCCGUUGUCCGAGACGGUCAUCUCGAUGACGGUGUGUCAGCGUUGCACCCGUGACCGACACGCACGCGACUCGUCACUGCCUGCAUCCCCAGUCCACAGCCGCUUCCGACUGGACGAGGAAGACGAGGUGGACCCUCGUGGCCCAAACGACAGCGAUGCCGCGCCAAGUCCGCUGGGUCUCCACCACAUGACGUUCAAAGGCGAAGAAGAUGACUUGGCGCUGGCUGCCGUCUCUCCGUUCGAGUGGACGUCCCCGCAGCUCGUCCACCUUUAA